AUGGCUAAUCCAUCGAAUCCGCGAUUAAUGAAUCGCGUGUUAGACGCGGUGGUGCACCUGGGCGAUGGCAAAGGAUCCACCGCCCGAGACAUCCUCGAUUUCCUGCGGCACUCGUCGAAAAGCACGCAGAGGAAUCUCACGAUGCAGGUUCACCGAGCGCUGAAGCACGCGGUGAACGCCGGACUGCUGCGGCAGAGAAGCGGUCGUUACAAGGCGUUGUUCACGUUGAAUCCGGCGCUGGUUAAGCAGCCGGUGAAUGAGACUAACGAUAAGAAAUCGGUCGAGGGACCGGCGGCUUUCGACGCGGAGCAGCCGCCGAGGAAGGUCAGCAGCUCGGAUCGCAGGGACAAGAACACCACCAGGGGUAGGAAGAAGAAGCAGCGGCGCGAGAGGAAUCGCAAGGGCGGCAGGAGCCGCCAGCGGAGGCGGAGGAACCGAAGCAAAUCCAGCGACACCGACAGCCCCGCGGAGGACGCGGCGACGCCGCGGAAGUACAGGCACAAAGACAACGAACAAAGGGACCGGUCACCGCGCCGGAGGAUCUCCGACGGGAACGCGAACGCCGAUAUCGGGAACGCGGCGCCCCGCUCGAGUCGCAAGCGGGCUAAGGCCGCGCCGAGAGGCGAGGAAUGCCGUUCCGAUCUCUCGGACACCGACUACGAGGACAGAAAGCCUAAAGUGAAAAGGGCGUCGCUGCAUAAGUACAAGCAAACCGAGGCAGCGAAGUCGAGGGGCAGAUCGCGUUCCCGCAAUCGAAGCCCGCAGAGGCAACAAUCUCAGCAGCCGCAGCAAAAACGAUCGCGCGAGGAUGCGAAGCGCGGUAAAUCAGACACCGAUGGCCGCAGGAGCGUCGAUCGGAACGAUUUGCCUGAGCAGGAGAUGGAGAACCACCACGAGCCCGAUAACAGCGCGAGCGGCAGCACUUUAUGA